AUGAAUAACAUGUCUUAUCCGAUGCUGACUCUAAUGGUGCCCAAGGAAUCUAAAUCAUAUAGGCAUGUAUAUUUUAUAUGCUUUCUUGCCUUAUAUGUGCUUAUACUAUCAAUUAAUAUUCGCCUUGCUAUGGUCAUUAUUAUGCAGAAAGCACUUCAUGAACCAAUGUACAUAUUCUUGUGUAAUCUGUGUAUAAAUGGAGUUUAUGGAGCUACAGGAUUUUAUCCUAAAUUUCUGUCUGAUUUAAUAUUGGAUUCAUAUGUGAUCUCCUCUCAAAUGUGUGCUUUGCAAACCUUUGUUAUUUACAGUUCUUUACUUUGUGAGUUCACAAUAUUAACAGUGAUGUCUUAUGACAGAUAUGUGGCCAUAUGCAAACCUUUAGACUAUUAUUCAAAAUUAACUAAAAACACCUGUGUGAAAUUAAUUUUGUUCUCAUGGAUUAUUCCCACAUUUUCUGCCUUCAAUGGCUCCCUGUUAUCAAAUUUGAAACCAUUUUGUGCUUAUCACAUAGAUAAAUUAUAUUGUGACAAUUGGUCAAUUGUAAAACUCUCUUGUGCAUCAUCUUUUGUUAAUAAUAUAUAUGGAUAUAUUGUUGGUAUAAUGUCUUGUGGUUUUGAAGUUAUUAUCAUAAUAUCCUAUAUUAAACUGAUCUCUGCAUCUAGAGCAUCUUUAGAAAACAGAAAAAAAUUCUGGAAAACAUGUUUGCCACACUUAUUAUCACUGAUAAAUUUCUCUAUUGCUAUGCUUUUUGAUUUCAUGUACAGCAGAUAUGGUUCGCAUGACAUUCCAGAGAGUUUGCGUAAUUUUUUGGCUCUUGAACUGCUUAUAGUCCCACCUGUGUUCAAUCCUCUGAUCUAUGGGUUAAAUAUCAGAGCAGUGCGCAUAAGAGCCUUUAAUUUAUGUGGUGCAGCAAGAGUGAAUGUUUCACAUACACCAAAACGAUGUAAAACAUAA